UGUAAAAUUGUUAAAAAAUUAUAUAUAUUUAAUAUACAAUUUUUUUAAUUUGUUUUUUAUUUUGUCUUCAUAAAAAUGAGUACAUUCGUGAAAGGAACUUGUGAGAAACUCUGUCCUGACAAUGAAACAAAGCUGCGAACAAAAGAAAAAGUCUUACACUUCUAUGAAUACAGUGAUGUGAAGAGGAAAACUCCGGGAACUUUAGUGAAAUGUUUUUCAAGAUCAGCGGCUGGCAUCAAACUUCCAACAGCAAAAGAUAUCCGCACCGAGCAAUGCUUACACCGCACACUCGCGUAUUUACUUAAAGACAUUCUGUUGGAUAAACGGAAAUCUUUUAACUUUGCAUAUAAUUUUAUAUUUGAUCGACUGCGUGCGGUACGACAGGAAGCUGUAAUGCAGAAUUUCAAUAAUUACCAAUCAAUAAAGUUAUUAGAACCAAUUAUUAUGUUUUUAGCAUAUAGCCGUUAUAGAUUGUGUGAAGAGCCUAUAGAUUUCUUUGAUCCAAAAAUUUGUGACCAACAUUUACAGGAGUGUCUGAAACGUGUGCUGUGCGCCUAUGACACCGUCGAUAUCACCAAAUUAAAUUUAAAUGAAUUGAGAAAUCGUAAUUUUAUUGAAGCACUUUAUCAAAUUUUUAAUCUGGGCUCUGCCGAAGCAUUACAACGCAGUUUUACAUUACCGCUUGAAACAAGAUUAGAUGCUUAUUUUAAAAAUGCUGUUAAUAUAUCGAAGUCCUAUACGCUUGGAAAUUACUACCGUGCUUUUGAUGGUAUUAAAAAUCUUCCACAUCUGCUUUGUGCAAUAGCGGCAUUGAAAUUACCCGAAAUGAGAAGGCAAUUGUAUUUAGUAUUUGCACAUGCCUACAAUAGUAAGGCCUUAACAGUUUCCGCAGAUUUUGUGAGAAGUUUGACGCUGCAUAAGUGUUUAUAUGAUUUAUUCGAAGAAUGUAAAUAUUACAAUAUGAAAAUUGUAGAAGAACAGAAAAGUUUGCGAUUUAUAAAGAAUGAUUUUAAAGUGGAACUACCACCUUCUAAGCCCAAACAUGAAGACAUUGUAGAAAACAAGCUUAGGCAUAUAUUUUUACCUGAAGUUUUACUUAUGAAGAAGAUUUAAUGCACUUUUUUUUAAUAUAUAUUUUUUUUGAUUUUAUUUUUUUUUUAUUUUGUGAAUUGAAUUAUGACUGAAUGAUAUGAA